GUGAAUUCUGGUUUCAGAUUUAAAUGUAAAUGUAAAGAUUUGCAUGAAUGAGCAGGAAGCCCUGCAGCAGACUCACAGACGGAUGCAGAGGGGAGGAGUGUGGAGGUGUGUGCUGUGUGUUUGGAGGAGGGACUCCUUCAGUUAGAGAAGUGAGGCGUCACAAGUUCCUGGUUUCCAGUGAAGAAGAAGAGAGGCAGCAGUAAACCAUCAGAGCCUCAUCAUGAAAGUCCAUCACACUCUGAUCUGCUUCUUCUUCCUUUCUCUGCAGGAUGGAAACCCUGAAGUCACCAAAGCUCAGAUUCUUCACUAUGGAGUCAUUGGAGGAAAUUUUAAAGCGGGAUUCACCUUUAAUUCUCCAGGAACAUGGAAGAUGUUCUGCAGAGAACAAUGUGAAGGAGAAAACAUUCUCAUUAAAACAACUGAUGUCAGAGCUCAAACAGGCAGAUACAGCAUUGAAUAUGAAAACAAUGUUUUAUCUGUGAGCAUCUCAAAGCUGACUGAGUCUGACUCUGGACAGUACAGAUGUGGUUUGGGUGGAUCUUCAUCAUCAGCUCCAUUCACACCGUUUGUGAUCUUUGUUGCUGAAGCACUGCUGGAUGGAAACGAUGAUCCUGCUCAGCUGAAACACUUCGAUAAAGAAACUGGAAGCUCUCUCACAGUCGGAUGUUCCUUUAAACAAGCUGGAAACAGAAAGAUGUUCUGCAGGGGAGAAUGUGGAGGAGAGAAGAUUCUUGUUCAUACAGAGCAUGUCAGUGCUCAGAGAGACAGAUACAACAUUGGAUAUGUUUCAGGAGUUCUGUAUGUGAGCAUCACACAGCUGACCAAGUCUGACUCAGGACGGUACAGAUGUUUACUGAGUGGAUCUUCCAGCAGCUCAUCCAGAGAGUUUGAGGUCACUGUCACAGAUGCAGCUGGACCAUCAGCCACAACUACAGGAAGCUCCACACCUUCAUUAACUUGGACUGGAAGCACUGAGCAGCCUGAAGGAGCAGCAUCAGGUACAUCCAUCUAUGUGCUGCUGUUUGUGGGCCUGACUCUGGCUCUCAUCAUCAUCCUGUUAUCAGUGUCUGUGCUGAUAUUCUGCAAGAAAAGAUCCUCUAAACCAAAGGAUCCUCCUGUGGAAACGGGGCAGGCUGCUGUCACAGAGGAGGAAGACCACUCGAGCAAACUCACCUACUCUGAGGUGAAUUUUUCCAAGAGGACUUUUGGCUCUCCCAACGGCGCCUCCAGUGGUAACACCGGUGAAGUUAUCUACUCUGCGCCUCGGGUCCAUGUCAGCUCUGAUGUCAGAGAUGAUUCGCUGUACUCGACUGUAGCUUAGCUUCAAUGCUGCUGCUGCCACGUUUCUCUGUGAAGGAACCAAAGGAAGCUUUCAGUGACUGUAAAUAAUCUGAUUUACACCAAAAUCUGUUUGAACAGGACCAUCACAGCGUCUGAUUGGUCAGAUGCUGUGAUGUCAUAGCUUUGUAAAUUAUGGUCACCGAGUUAUUUUGGUGUUUUAAUGCUGAGCACAGGUCCAAUCAGUGAUCCUGUGGCAGUAAAGUGACUCAGUGAAGAUGCAGGGAAAUCUGUCAGACAGCUGAUCUGCACAGUCCUUAAGUUUACUGAAAAUAUUUUCUGGAUCGGAGCUUUUCCUCUCCUUCAGUCACCCGAGGAGUUAAAAAACUUUGUUCCUUUCAUGUAUCAUACACACCCAGUUCUUUGCUAAAUCUAAAGUAUUGAAAUAAUUCUUUAAAAAAAGAAAAACUUCUUGUCUUUCGCAACUUCAGAGUCACACGAGUGAAGAAAAUGGGGAAGUUUUCCGACUGCAUGCUCAGCUUGGUGUCACUUUAGCAAGAUUAAGUUCCUUGAUUAGCUUCUGCAAAGUGUCAGGCCACUGUUUAAAACUGAUGCUGUACAAUGUUUAACAGGACAAUGUUUUAUUGAAAUAAACUUUCAUAGUGUAGAAAAUCUUUAGCUUAUUAAAUCAAUCAGUGGUGGAAGUGAGCACCAAGCAAAGCUGCAGUAGCUCCAACAAGCAGUGAUCAGCUGCAUCGGCUGAUCGGUGCUUGUUGGCUGUACCUGGAUCAGCUCUGCAUCUCUCCAAGUUAUUGAACUCACUUCCACUGGACCUAAGAUCUGUGACACUGUUAACACCUUUGGGGGUAAAUGAGGACCUGCCUGUGCGUGCUAUCUGCUUACCUUGGUUGAAUUAUCUUACUCUGUGCUGUAAAGCACUUUGUGACUUUUGUUCAUGUAAAGCGCUGUAUUAAUCAAUCUUAAUUACAUUAAUGAGAGCAACCACACCGACUCUACAGACACUGAAUUUAAUACCAAAAAAACUGCUUUAAAUUCUGAAUUUUAAUGUCAUGUUUUAAAGUCUCAGCACUGACUUGUUAGCAGAGAUAUUUUCUCUUUGUUCAAGGUGAGAAUAAAACUUUUUCUAUUUGAUAUAAGCACAGAAAAUGAGUUUGUUAGUGUUCACUCACUCACUGAUGUUGAGCAACAAGUCUGUCUUUCACAUGUUUGUCUUCCUGUUUCAGCCGUUUCCUUGGCAACUAAAUUUGCAUGUUGAGAUCAGAAGAUGAAGGAAGAUAUAUCAGACAGCUGUU